CAUUUAACAUGAAGAAAUCCUGUUCCUGUUUGAACACACCCAUGAUCAUAAACUCCACCCUCUCACAACACUCACCAGGAAGAGACUGACUUAUCUUUUCUGUCAAACGGACUUUCUUCUCUCUUGACAAAAUCAAUAAAGAAUCAGCGAUCAGUGGAGAACAAAGAGGAAAAACUUCAAGAAGGAUUUUUGUGAAGUUAGUUUCUGAACAGAGAGCAGAUCCUUGUGGUUCAUUUUUGACACCGUCAUUCAGAAAGUGAAAGUAAAGUUUAGACUGCUGGAGCUCAAACAGUGAAAAUGGCUUCAGCAGCUGAAGAUGAUUAUAUUUGUCCUGUAUGUCAUGAAAUCUUCAAGGAUCCUGUUCUUCUGUCAUGUAGUCACAGUUUCUGUAAAGAGUGUCUUCAACAGUUCUGGAGAACCAAGAAAACUCAGGAGUGUCCUGUCUGCAGGAGAGCCUCACAACACGAACCUCCUCCUAAUCUGGCGUUAAAAAACUUGUGUGAGUCGUUCCUGAAGGAGAGAAAUGAGAGGCGUUCAUCAGGAUCUGAGGAGAUCUGCAGUUUACACAGUGAGAAACUCAAACUCUUUUGUCUGGAGGACAAACAGCCUGUGUGUGUAGUGUGUAUGAAUUCACAGAAACAUGACAAUCAUAAAUUCAGACCCAUCAGUGAAGUGGUUUCAUCAUAUAAGGAGGAGCUCAAUACAGCACUCAAGUCCUUACAAGAGAAACGUCAACACAAUGAAGAAAUGAAAGGAGAGUUUGAGAAAACAGUUCAACACAUCAAGUCUCAAGCUGAGCACACAGAGCAUCAGAUUAAACAGCAGUUUGAGAAGCUUCAUCAGUUUCUCAGAGAUGAAGAAGAAGCUACAAUCAUUGCUCUGAGGAAGGAAGAGGAGCAGAAGAAGCAGAUGAUGAAGAAGAAGCUGGAGGAGAUGAAGAGACACAUCUCAGCUCUUUCACACACAAUCAAAGACAUGGAGGAGAUGAUGAAAGCCAAUGACGUCUGCUUUCUGAAGGAGUUUCCAGUCUCAAUGGAAAGAGUCCAGAGCUCACGGCCGGAUCCACAGAUGGCUUCUGGAGCUUUGAUUCAUGUGCCACGUUACUUGGGCAACCUGCCGUUCAGAGUCUGGAAGAAGAUGCAGGACAUCGUCCAAAACAGUGAGUCUGACUGCAGGAGAUCUGAGCUGGAAAUGAUGGAUGGGUGGAGAGUUAAAGCUCCUGUGAUUCUGGAUCCAAACACGGCUCAUCCAGAACUUGUCCUGUCUGAUGAUCUGACCAGUGUGAGAAACAGCUGGAACAAACAACCUCUUCCUGAUAAUCCAGAGAGAUUUGACUGUGAUCCCUGUGUUCUGGGUUCAGAGGGGUUUAACUCAGGAACACACUGCUGGGAUAUAGAGGUUAAAGAGAGUUCAGACUGGGAGCUUGGAGUCACUACAGCAUCAAACCAGAGGAAGGGACAGGAUUUCUUUGACACUGAUGCCUGGAGUGUGUGGUAUAAUUCUACAGGACUGUCUUUAGGUUUUGGUUUUCGUGUUAAACAGAAGCUUGAUCGUGUGAGAGUGUCUCUGGACUAUGGCAGAAGAAAGGUGUCAUUCUCUGAUCCUGUAACUAACACACAUCUACAUACAUUCAAAUCCACCUUCACUGACACACUCUUUCCAUUCUUCUGGUGUCUUGGGUCUCUGAGGAUCUUAGCGGUCAAUAGUCAGUAAAUGUUACUCCUGUAGGUCUGGAUCUUCCUGCUUUCAUCAUGUUUCCAAUAUUUGUAUCCAGAUCUCAAGAGUAAAUUAUUAAAGUAUUAAAGUAUAUUAUUAAAGUAUAUUUCUUUUUUCUUGACAGUCGAACACACAGCCUUCACUUGACUCGCACGCAUACACAAGCGUUCGAGCAAGUUUUGAGAAAUCUCUCGCCACGAGUAAUAACCCAUGUAAACAUUUGUGUUCUUUCAUGCAAGAAUUGUACAAAUGAGGGUACUUUCUAACCUCUUCACACAAUCUCUCGUCUAUAUAGGCCUCUGUUGUCACUGUAGCUCCCAUGUGUUCCGGGUCUAUUCUGUUUAUCCAGUUUUUCUUGACCUUGUGAAUCGACUCCCCAGGGCAUGGUUGCCACCUUGUGGAUACACUAAUUAUGAUUAUUAUUAUAUUAUUGCAAAUAAAAGUUAAUGCGCAUGUGCGACCUGCUUUUACAAAAAAACAGUGGUGCGCUUACUGUAUAUACCUACUCUUCUGAUGACGAAAUUGUGAUAUCCAACACUACAGCAACACUCACCAUGUGUUCACACCGCUGCCGGCGAGAGCGUCAAAGUGACAGGAAGUCAUUAAUUUUCAAUGUGAGCCGGCGGCGAACUCCGGCGAGAGCGGCGUGGCACAUCUUGGACAGUGAGAGCGUCGAGGAGAGUUAAAGUCAGGCCAACUUUAUGGUAAUGAGCUAUGGCGCGGUUCGGCGGCAACCAAUUGGAAUGUAGAGGUCCUUGCUUGAGAGUUUGACCACUUUUAUGUUAACCAAGGCCAGAUUAUGACUGGUUGUGGAAUGUGCCUAUUUUUUAAGACCACCUCUGCAGAAGAAGAUCAACACCUACUUCUAAAUCAUUACCUCUGUAGCCCCACUCAGAUUCACAAGUAGUAGGUAAAUAACAGACGUGACACUAACACUGGAUUGAGCAACUAAGAGAUAAACAUGCCUAAGAGAUAAACAAGAGUGCAAAAUGUUGUGUAGUGCCAGGUUGUGGAAAAACACAGUAGCUGCAUUGGAUUUGCAGAAAGCCUGAUAUUACAGAAAUGAUGCUGUGCCUUAUUGGAUAUAUUGGAUCCGACAGGAAUGGCGCAGAUUAUGUGAGUAAAAAAGUUUUUGUCACAAUUGCUUUGUUACAGAUCGUUUGAUAUGUACAGAUUAUGUGUAAUAAUAAACCAGUGAUCAGUGAUUUCUGAUAUGUCAUGAUUCAUGAAGGCCUACAGUCAGAUGUUUUUGUCUAAAAAUUGUUUUAUUGUCAAUAAAUCAAACCUGUGACUAAA